ACACUGCGCGCUGUCUUUAUGCACACUGCGCUGCUGCUGCUGUUUUAGAGGCCGCUCGCAGCUGCUCUGGAGGGCGGAGUGUCCCUGAGGUCCUGCGCCUGCCGGGGCGCCCGUUCGGAGGGACAGAGAUGGCGUGCUUGUUGGAGGCCCCUCUCCGCAUCAGUGUGCUGUCAGAAGUCACUGCCACCAGUCGCCAUUAUGUUGACAGACUGUUCGACCCGGACCCACAGAAAGUUCUGCAGGGAGUCAUUGACAUGAAGAAUGCUGUCAUUGGAAACAACAAGCAGAAGGCCAAUCUAAUUGUCCUCGGAGCCUUGCCAAGGUUACUAUACCUGCUCCAGCAAAGCUCCUCCAGCCUGCAGCUGAGGACAGAGUGUGCUGUGGUGCUGGGCAGCCUUGCCAUGGGCACAGAGAACAACAUCAAGUCCCUGGUGGACUGUCACAUUAUCCCCAUACUUCUUCAAGGUCUUCUGUGCACAGACCUGAUCUUCAUUGAAGCCUGUCUUCGAUGCCUCAGAACUGUCUUCAUCAGUCCAGUUACGCCUGUGCAGCUGCUCUAUACAGAUCCCACUGUGAUUCCUCAUUUAAUGUUUCUACUGAGCAACUCCCAGAGAACCCAGGAGUACAUCACACAGGUCUUCUCCCACUGUUGUAAGACCCCAGAACACCAGACGGUUCUUUUCAACCACGGYGCCAUCCAGAAAAUCUCUCCCAUGCUUUUUUCUCCUUCUUAUAAAUAUUAUCUUCUGUGCUCCGUUUCAUCACAUCUGCAGGUCCGGAUGCAGGCAUUAAAGUGUUUCUCUGUCCUGGCCUAUGAGAACACUCAGGUCUCUGCGACACUGGUGAAUGUGCUAGUGGAUGGUGAGCUGCUCACUCAGGUAUUUGUUAAAAUGAUGCAAAGGGAUCAACCUGUUGAAAUGCAGCUGACUGCAGCCAAAUGUUUAACGUACAUGUGUCGAGCAGGUGCCAUUAAAACAGAUGACAGCUGCGUAGUACUAAAGACGCUGCCGUGCCUUGUGCGAAUGUGCAGCAAAGAGCAUUUACUUGAGGAGAGAGUGGAAGGUGCGGAGACGCUGGCUUACCUGAUUGAACCGGACGUUGAGCUGCAGAGGAUUGCGAGCACCACCGAUCACCUUGUGUCGAUGCUGGCCGACUAUUUCAAGUAUCCUAGUUCUGUCUCUGCCAUCACUGACAUCAAGAGGUUGGACCAUGAUCUGAAACAUGCACAUGAGCUGAGGCAAGCUGCUUUUAAACUCUACGCUUCCCUUGGCUCCAAUGAUGAAGACAUCCGCAAAAAGAUCACAGAGACUGAGAACAUGAUGGACCGGAUAGUUAGUGGGCUAUCAGAAUCCAGCAUUAAAGUCCGGUUAGCAGCAGUCAGGUGUCUACACAGUCUUUCACGGUCUGUGCAGCAACUCAGGACCAGCUUUCACGAUCACGCUGUCUGGAAACCCCUCAUGAAGUUGCUUCAGAAUGCUCCAGAUGAAGUCCUGGUCAUGGCUUCUUCAACACUAUGCAAUUUACUGCUGGAGUUCUCACCCAGCAAAGAGCCCAUUCUGGAGUCGGGGGUGAUUGACUUACUAUGCAGUCUGACUCAGAGGGAAAGUCCUGCUCUCAGGUUAAACGGGAUCUGGGCCCUGAUGAACAUGGCGUUCCAGGCGGAUCAGAAAGUGAAGGUGGAGAUUGUUCGGUGUUUGGGCACAGAGCAGCUGUUUCGUCUGCUUUCUGACCCCGACACCAAUGUACUGAUGAAAACACUUGGUUUGCUGCGCAAUCUGCUGUCAACACGCCCUCACAUCGACCAGAUCAUGAGCUCUAAUGGGAAACAGUUGAUGCAAGCAGUGACCCUAAUCCUAGAGGCAGAACACGGCAUCGAGGUCAAGGAGCAGACGUUAUGCAUCCUCGCCAACAUUGCAGAUGGCAACACAGCUAAGGACCUCCUCAUGACCAAUGACGACAUGCUUCAGAAAAUCAAAUACUACAUGGGACAUACGAAUGUGAAGCUGCAGCUCGCUGCCACUUUCUGCAUCUCAAACCUUAUCUGGAAUGAGGAGGAUGGUUCUCAGGAGCGUCAGGACAAAUUGAGGGAGAUGGGCUUUGUGGACCUCCUGCACAAACUGACGCAGUCAUCUGACCCAAACCUCAGUGACAGGGCUAAGACAGCGUUGCAGCAGUACUUGGCAUGACGGUGGUGGACAGCAAUCCUUUACUGCCAGACUAACAAUCGUCGGGAGGACGCCUGCUGUUAGCUCUUAGAUUUCACAAUAUGGAGGCUUGCUCGUUGCACAAAGACACCUUUUUUUUCCUCACUGGCCUGUGGCUCACCUCUUUUCUGCCACCGAACACCUCAACGGUUUUGCUCAGUCCUUGACUCAUCUUGUCAGUUUUUAUGGGAACUUUUUGGUUUGGAUGUUUUUCUAAGUGAGUUACUUAGAGAUUUUGACGUGAAAGUGAUGAGCCAUCUGAUGCCAGUUUUUUUUUUUAACUCCUAUGGGUGGAGAUUCUGGUCUACCUGGUCAGCACUUCCUUAUUUUAGUUUUGAACUUUUAAGUUUAAAUUGCUGUUAAUAUUAUCUUUUAAAGAAAAUACAGUAUAUAUUUUGGGGGGAGGAAAUGCCUAUUUUGACAUUCUUUUUGUCAAUGUCUUUGUGUGUGUGUGUAUAUAUAUAUAUAUAUAUAUAUAUAUAUAUAUAUAUAUACACACUUUUUUUUGCCCACUCCUGUUAGGUUUCAUGUGUUCUCUCUGCAUUAUGAUUUCCAGCACAGUSUAUAUUCACUGCAGUUUGAUAGGAAUACCUGACSCUGAAUAUUGUCUGCAAGUUUUCUCAGCUGUUUUUUCUCCACACACCAUGAAGUGACUGCAUAUUUUUGAAGCCUGUCAUCUCUGCCUGGUAUCCUUAUGAUCCCCAUGGGAAAUGAAGUUCCAGAGCUGAGAAGGCUCACUCUGACCACUCUGGUCGUUAUUGAACAGGACACCAGAAAUGAGAGGAUGUAUUUCACGCCUCUGCAGAUUAAAACUUCCUGUAGCCGUCUACGCUGGCCUCCUUUCUGUGUGUUUGUCAAAAAUAAAAUUUUCAGCUCUGCCGUUUA